ACAUAACAUUUGCACUCUAAUCAAAAUCAUUCUCUCAAGACUUUGAUAUCGCCAUAAGACCUCAAGAAAAAGAAACAAGCAUGAAGACAUGGAUUGCAACAGUGUGUGUUUGUUGGUGUACGUUAAUGUUGAUGCUACUACUUACCCCAAGUUUAGCCAUCGAAGAACAACAACAACCACAAUUUGAAAGUGAAUUGACAGCUUUCAGAACAGUCACAUUCGAACUCAAAAAUGGUUUCAGAAGCUACUCAAAAUUCUUAACCAGAUUACGCAAUGCCAUAACAUCCAAUGUUAGAUCAUGCGGCUUAAAAACAACACCUAGUAAGCAACCAAGAGGACAAGGUUAUGUUUACGUUAAGCUUCAAACUGGUAAAAAAAAAUGGGUCACCUUAGCCGUAGAGGUCACAAAUUUAUACGUAUGGGGUUACGAAGACAGCAAGAAAUACAAUGGAAAAACUCGAGCAAAUUACUUUAGUGACACUCCCCAAUAUAUUAAGGAAAGCGUGUUUAUAAAUUCAGAAGUACGAACAGCUAGCUUUGCGAGCGACUACAGUAGUCUUGAGAAGGCGGCAGGCGUAAAGAGAGAAGAUCUUAUGCUCGGAAUUGCUAGCUUAGACGAAGCCAUUACAAGUGUGUAUAAUGUUACAACGGAUGAAUUGAAUGAUAAUGUCAAGAAAGAAGCUAAGUUCUUACUUAUCGCGAUUCAAAUGGUGGCUGAGGCUGCACGAUUUAGACUUAUGGAGAACUCGAUUGUUGCAGGGGAUAAUUCAGAGGAUUUGAAAUUGAAAACGGUAAGUUUUCAAGAUGAAUGGGAGAAAAUUUCAAAUGCUAUUCAUAAUGCUGCACCUGAAUGCAAGGAGUUUUCUCCACCGCUUCAAGUUGGUGAUGAUGUGUACAAUAAUGUGGAUGAGAUUAAAGAUGAAAUAGGUAUUCUUAAGUACAAGAGUACCAAUUAUAUUCUGAAUGACGAUAAUAAUGAUGGACUUGCUUUUCUUGAAUCUGUACUUAUGUGAGACAGGAGCUGCUUGCCGAGCUAGCUGUUAAGUAUUCGGUCUUCAUUUCGUAAUAAUAAUAAUAAUAAUAAUAAUAAUAAUAAUAAUAAUAAUAAUAAUAAUGUUUCUCUGACUAAGGCUUUAAUUGCUAACCUCAGAGAAACUUACUUUUUAUCCAUCUUUUCAUGCUUUAUCUCUACCCUUUCAUGUAUGGAUAAAAUUAUGGAUCGCUAAUGAUAAAAUUACUUUUUGGUGGAAAUAAUUUCCCAAUAUCUAUUA